AUGCAAUCCUCACCCCCUGGACCUCAUAAUGCAAUCCUCACCCCCUGGACCUCAUCAUGCAGCCCUCACCCGCUGGACCUCAUAAUGCAGUCCUCACCCCCUGGACCUCAUAAUGCAAUCCUCACCUCCUGGACCUCAUCAUGCAGCCCUCACCCCCUGGACCUCAUAAUGCAGUCCUCACCCCCUGGACCCUCUGGACCUCCUCUAGCUCCGCAGAGCUGGCAUCAGGUCUCCUUCAGCGCGCAUAUCAUCCGUUUCCCACAGACGUGCAGAGUGUGGAGGCUGUGUGCACACAUGCCGGCGAGCAUCACAUCAUCCUGA